GUGCCUGCCUCUACCAAUGCUGUGGUUGUUUGCAUGCUCAUUAUUUACUAGCUACACUAAGUAGGUGGGCAAGUUCAAGUAUUUGUAUUUUGUGUAAAGAUCAAUAGACUGUAAGUUCCAUGGCAAGUCCAGAGACACCAGGAGAUGAGAGUAUGGAGCUGAGGUCCGGGGCUGCAGGGGUAAGCUGUUCAGGAACGCCUACCAAGCUUGGCCCCUCAGGUGCCAACGUAGACUCCCAGCUACAAGAUGCCGUCCACUUAAAAAUGGAGGGGAACAAAUUCUACAAAGAGAAAAAGCUUCGGUCUGCAAUUGGACGUUACCACCGUUCGUUGCUCGUUCUGCGUAGUUUCGACUCUGAUGUCACUGCGGCAGUGAAGGGGUUUGGUCCUGAGGCUCCUGUCCUCACCGCAGGACAGGAAGAACUACUUAGGAACACACAGGUCGACUGCUACAACAAUUUAGCAGCCUGUCUGCUGCAGAGGGAGUGUGUCGACUACACGCGUGUCCAGGAGUACAGCUUGCGGGUGUUGCAGUUGCGGCCAGAUGACAUCAAGGCCCUGUACAGAGCAGGAGUGGCCACUCUGGAGCUGGGAGACGCACAGAGCGCCAAGCAAUACCUCACUCAGGCCAGCAAAGGACAACCCAAUGACACUAAUGUGAGGAGGCACCUGCAGCGAGCAGAGGAGAGGCUGAACACGGAGUACCAGAAGGAGAAGGCUCUGUACCGGGGCAUGUUCUCCUCCAGUUAGAGAGCCGGGGAGGGGGCCAGCGGAGGAGUCACCCAGAAAUAAGUUCCCAUCAGGAGGGAUGUUCUAUUGUUCUGACCCUGAGAAUUGAGAAGAGAAGAAAAGAGGAACCAAGCCUGGACUGGACACAUAGAUCAUUGAUUCUGUGCAGAGCCUUGAUCAGGCUGAUCCUAUUGAAGAUCCUAUUAUGCUAUAGAGAAUAUUUGUGCCUGAUGACCAACAAGGAGAUGGAGCUAAAUUGUUGGAGGUUCAGCAUAAGGGUUGAAGGUCAAAGCGAAGGUGCUAAAGAGAGACUAUUUGUGCACUGUUCAAACUCAGUCCUGUUAUGACUUCUGAAAGUGGUUGUUUCUGGUCACAUAAUCAGUCAUGUUCCUUUUUGUGUACAAAAUGUUUUGAUUAAACCUAAGAAAUAUU